AUGGCCAUGCUAACAAUUGAUUUUGAUCCUUAUACGGUUGUCAUAUCGGUAUUCUUAGUUCUUAUAUUUAAACAAUUAAUAUCAACAAUUGGUAAAUCAACAAUUCAAGAAUUCAUUUGGUUAAGUUAUAUUCAAUUAGGUACAAGAUUUAAUCUUACUCCCAAUUUUACUCAAUUACAUCUUAAGAAACAAGAAUUACAUGAAAUUAAUAAACAAAAGAGAAGUAUUAGUGCACAAGAUCAAUAUGCUAAAUGGACAAAAUUAAAUAGAAAAUGUGAUUCAUUAACUAAAGAAAUUCAAGAUUUAAAUGAAAUUAUAUCUGGAAAUAAAGUAAAGAUUAAUAAAUUAACGGGAUUGGUUAUUAUGGUGGUUACUACAUUACCUUUAUGGUUCUUUAGAAUAUUUGCAAGAAAGACUCAUUUAUUUUAUCUUAGUGAAGGUGUAUUUCCUUGGUAUGUUGAAAGAUUAUUAGCAUUCCCAUUCUUCCCUUCUGGUACUAUUGGAUUAACUGUUUGGAUGUAUGCUGUUAAUUCAGUUAUAUCUUCAAUAAUCUUUAUCCUUAGUUUCCCAUUUAAACAUAAACCUUCCAAACCAAUCAAACCAACAAAAUCAGAAAAGAUUGUGGGAGUAAAAGAAUAA